GUUUGAAUGUCUGGGAUAUCGGCCGAUGCCACAUGGGCUUCCCCAGGUUCGAGCUCGCGUGAUGGAACAAGCAGGGACGAUUAGCGCACCGUCAAGAGCCCGACCAAUACAUAGAAUGACGAGCGCCCGCAUCGAAAGUGUCGCAGCGGUCUGGCUACCUCUUGGUCCUGAUCGGAAGUUUGCCUCUCCCUGAGGACAAAGGUCAACAUUAUACAGCCUUCUCUAAGCAUUGGUUCGCCUCCUCAAGCAGGUUGCAGAAUGGGUAACAGUUUGACCGAGCCCGAUCUCUGGACGACGAUCGACACCUUGCAAGAUCCACAACCAGAGUGGAACAAACCUUCCUUCAUCAUAGCAAUAACCGCAAUUUCUCUGGGCAUCGCGACCAUCUGCAUUACCUUUCGACUCUACACUCGGCUGCGCCUCGUACGCUCGCCAGGAUGGGACGAUUUCUUCGUGACAAUGUACUUGAUGACUGGGAUAAUGGCUGGCGUGGCGUUGUGUAUAUCGACCAAAUUUGGGAACGGCGAGCACCUGCUCGAUCUUGUCUUUGAGCCUGAGAGACUUCGGCGGUUCCUGAAGACAUUUUACGUGUGCAACGCCGGCAUCACCAUGUCAAUGACGAUCAUCAAGCUGUCGCUGUUGUUCCAAUACCUGCGGCUCUUCGAGCGUGGAUGGAUCCGCAUAGCCUGCAUCAUCACUCUGGUCGCAGUUGCGGCGGUCGGGCUGGCCUACACAGUUCUCUCCUGGGUACCGUGCUGGCCGAUCUCAGACUACUGGGAUUUUGACUAUUUCACGGGCGACAAGAACUGCUGGGGCUUCGCCUCCAACAACCACGAUCAAUUCUACUAUACGUACCUCAGCUGGAACAUACUGAACCUCGUGGGCGAUCUUGUGAUUCUCUGCCUGCCGCUGCCAAUGUUCUUUGAUCCGAAGACGACGCACAAGACGAAGUGGGGGCUGAUAGGUCUGGUUGCCAUGGGGGCGAUCGCAAACUGCCUUUGCAUUUGGCGCCUUGUUGAGACGGUAUAUAAUCGAGCGGGCACUUACCCAAAGUUCGACCCCCCGUGGAACGCGCCGAUCAUCAUGGUUCUGGGCAUUCUUGAAGUAAACCUCGGCAGCGUGUGCGCGUCUGUGCCUAUCUUCUGGCCAGUUCUCACCGCGCAGAUCGGCCGCGUCUUUGUGACGCACGAGAUCUCCAUCACACACACAAACAGGAACUCUUUGCCACAGAGAGAAGUCAGCUGGGACAGCAGCGAAUGUGGCAGCGACUUGGAGAAGCCCGCAAGCCCGACGUCUCCUUACUCGCGCACGGGUUCUGUGUCUGCGGUCCCGCCGUGGGGGUUCCGUUCUGUCCGGGCCAACAGCGAGGGCGAUGCCUCGAGAAUGGCCCGUGGCAGAGACGACAGUGUCUCCAGUAGCCUGAGCACGAUGCUCGCGGAGCUGGAGAAAGGGGGCGAUGCUCAGCAGCUGCAACACUAUGGUGAUAGGUAUAUCAUGGGCCAGGUCAACCCGCUCAUGGACAAUCACGAGUACUCUGUCGAGGCGGGUGCUGUGUCUCUGUCAUCUGGGUCGAGGAAGGGGUCUAGGAGCUCGAGAAAGCAGUCGGCAAGUCAGUAGAUUGAUAGAACUGAAGUGUAUAUGAAUCUGGACCGAGCCAUGCGCUCUGAUAGAAUACAUUUACCGUUCAUACUGUGGGCAGCCUUCUGCUUACAUGCCUCCUCAGGGCAAACGGCCGGGUUGUGGGGAACGGCCGCCUCAGGCACCUAGACGCCCCCCCACAUGCACUGAUACGAUGAGGAGCAGCUG